GUGGUGCCAUCACGGCUGGCGACGUCGUUUGGUGGAACCUACACGACGUUACUCGUCAAUGGCAAGAGCACUUGCAGGUAAGCAGCUUGGUAAGGAGAAACGAGUGCACGUGAGGAUGCCAGUCACUCUCAACCCUGCUCCUCUGCCCGGACGAGAAAAAUGGAUACGGGACCCUUCCCAUGCCGUGUGUUUUACACAUACACACAAUUUCUGCCGCCUCCCGGCCGCGGCUGCAGGUACCAGGUCACUCUGUCCGCCCGCCUGCUGUUGGGCGGCGGGCGGCCGGCGGGCGGCCGCAUCACAGGUCUGGCGCUGCGGCUGGCGGCGGGCGCCAAUACCGAGCUGCGCUUCCCCAGCGCCAAGGCCAUCUACCGCUCGCUGACGGUGUGGAUGGGGGCCGCCGCCAAGAGGCCCGCUGAUAUGACCCGGGCCUUCGACAACAACAUGGUCACCAACACCCGCAGCCUGGUGCACCUGGCGCGCCCGUUCACGCUGGAGGCCGGCGCAUUCAAGACCGGCGCGAGCAGCUGGUUCUGGAUCGCCUUCUCCAGCGGCGGAUACACGUACACGGGCGGUGACCUGGUGGUUGAGAUCGUGCUGUCAGACGUCGUGGGCGGCGCGCCCAAGCCCGUGCCCUUCGACGCCUACCCCAGCGGUCCGGACGCUGCCGCCGCCUACGCGCCCAACUACAAAGCCACCAGCGCCACGGGUCCAGCCAACCGUGACGUACUGGCCAUGCUGCUGCCGUACACCAACUAACUAACUGGCAGCGCCAGCAGCAGUUCGCGCGCCGCCACUGGCCAGCACUGCUUGGUGGCGGUGGCUCGCCGUCACCCACAGACGCACACACGCACCUCCUUCCCACGUGCUCCCGUGAACACGUAGAUGCCAAUGGCUCGACUGCUUUAUGCGCCUGUCGUGAUUGACAUUGACGGACUGGGGCGACGUCCCAGUUUGGCGAGCACCCCUUCACCAAGCUUAUUAACCUAGCGCGCACGGUUUGCAAUUUGUGACUCUGCACACGUAUGUAGCGAUAGCCCGCCGUGCGCGGGACUGCUUGCGCCUCACGGCCUGUAGCUCUAGAAGUAUUGUUUUCAUAGUAUGGCGCCUGACUUUUGCGGCGGCGCGCUCUGGCCAGCCCUUGAUUGCAUGCGUUGGCAGUUUUGAUUGCUCAUCAGUUGCCUGUCUUAGAUGCGGGAGGGUUGCAGGUGUGGGGCCAGUGUGCCGCUUCCCGCAGGCGGCUAACACGUUAGGGCUGUAAUAGCACGGUGCGCGAAGCGGUGAUUCAUCUGGAGUUAGCUCUCUUAGUUGGCCCUGCAUGGGGCUAUCUAUUCUUUAAUAGGCUGGACUUCUUGUGCUGGGUUAUGUCUAUCUUGACCCAAUGCUCUUUAUCCCCUGUGUGGAUACAUAAUACGUACUGGCGGCGUAUAGCUGUAUGGCUGGGAAACUAGCAGGUUCCAUCACUCAUGUAUAAA